AUGUCAGAUCGCAUGUCGGCCCACUGGGCCGCGACGCCGGUGCGCGUGUUCGAGAGUGUGGCGCCGUACCGCGUGUGGCGGCAAACGAUCAUGCACAAAGGCGAAUCGGUCGGCUUUGUGCCGACGAUGGGCGCGCUGCACGAAGGCCACUUGCAGUUGGUCGAUGCCUCGCUGCGCGAGAAUGACUACACGGUCGUUUCGAUCUUUGUCAACCCUGCACAGUUCGCCCCGCAUGAAGACCUGUCGACGUACCCACGAACCAUUCAGAGCGAUUUAGAAAGACUGGGGACGCGCGCGACGGCCGCACAGAGGGAGGGACGCAUGGUGGCGCUGCUCCCGCAGGUCAACGAUAUGUACCCGUUUGGCAUUACGCAGCAUGUUCCUGACCAGGUCGGCGCCUUUGUCGAAGUCCAGGGACUCUCACACCAGAUGGAGGGUCAGACGCGUCCUACGUUCUUCCGCGGCGUCGCCACUGUCGUCACUAAGCUCUUCAAUAUCGUGCUUCCUGACCGGGCCUACUUUGGACAAAAAGAUAUCCAACAGUCCAUCGUGAUCCGCCGCCUCGUGGAUGAUUUACUAUUUACAUUCCCUCACGGAUCUAAGAACGUGCGCGUAAUGCCGACAGCGCGCGAUCCAAUCGACGGGCUCGCCCUGAGUAGUCGCAACAAGUACCUCGAUGAGCAUGGUCGACAAGCAGCGCCCGUGCUGUAUGCCGGCCUCCUACAGGGCAGCCAAACAUGGUCCGAUCUCCAGGCCCAGGGCGUGCCACCGGCCGACCGAGUGGCACGCACGCUGGAUGCUGUGCGUUCGCACAUCGAGCAGGCGACACCUUCGCAUGCGCGCAUCGAGUUGGACUAUGUAUCCCUCAACGAUCCUGAGACACUAGUGCAGCUAGCACCGGGCCACGCCGCUGGUGAUGGGGUCAUUUUGAGCGGGGCCAUGUAUGUCUACAACCGCGCGCACGACCCAAAGCCCGCUGCACGCCUGAUAGACAACGUGCUCAUUGGUUUUACUCUGUACUAG